AAUGAUGUGCCUUGCGAUCAGCCGGCUGCCUCUUCGAGAAGUAGCUUCGCUGCGUCAGGCUCGAAUUUACAAUCUCAUAAGAUGAUGGCGAUUCUACGCCGGGGAUGAACGCGACCGAUGGGGUUCUUUUCGUAUUGAGGGCCUUAUAUAAGUGACAUCGCUUGCACUCCCGUUUCGCUCUGCUGAUGCACUUGUUGCGCUUCCAUCCCCACUCACAGCAGACCAGACGUCUUUCUUUCUGAAUCGCCCAUUUCCUCAAAACAAACCGCGUCCAUGAUCACUGGUAAAUUAUUGCAUCGCGAGGAGGCGUCCUAUACAAGUUCAGAAAGGAGAUGUCUGGUAGCCUUCUAUGUCCUACAACUCACCGGAUUUGGUGGCCUCCUCAUCAUCCUGUUUACUGGGAUCCUUUCUCCCACUGUCGCGAAACGACAUUUUGCUUGUUGGUCAUUCUAUAGAAUGGGAACCUCCCCAUGCACUUUGCCUAACUCAGGCCAUAUUGGUAUAUUCGGUUCCUACAUUAACAGCUUGUACCACCACAGCGCUCGUAAUCCACGUUGGUUUCUUAUCUUCUUUCUCACAUGGAUCCUAAUAACCGUCUUGAAGGUCUCCGUUGCACUUAAUGCCCUUGUAUCGCCACCUUCCGGAGUUCAUUUCAAUUGGACGCCAUUUUGCCGUACGUUGCCUCAGGCGCUACAGCUGUCCUCUCCCUCGCCAUUGGCUUAAAAGAUCCCGACACCGUCGGCAGAAGAGAGUCGGCAAUGUAUUGCAACUUUGAAAAUCGAAUACCGUCUCGUGUCUCUUCUGCACUGGUUGCAGGCAUAAUGGCUCUGUGUCUGGG